UCUAAAUCGAGUAAGCUCCUUUGAUUCAGUGUAUCUCAAAGGUAAUAACUGGGUUCACCAACGCUAUCUUCGUUGAUUUUAUCAGCCAUGAUAAGAUUGAAUUAUUUAGUCACCGCGAUACGUUAUAUCGUGCUGCAUCGUGUUGUACGCUCAAUUACCAUUGAUGUAAAUAUUAUUGCGCGUUGUACCCUCCAGUUGUGCUGAAUGUCAACGAUGAUUGAGCGUGGACUACGCUCCCUACGCAUAUGAUCGCUUGUCUAGCUUGGCAAACUGCUCCGUCCAUCUGAGAAUUUAGUUUGCCGCUUCCUUCGGUUGAAUAAACACGUCCUCCAGUCGGUUUAACAAUUAAUCAGCCGAAGAACAAAGAAGAUAUUCCAGCUACGGCUUUACUCACCGUUCCAAACGCCCUUCCUCGCUCUCUCUCUUCGCUGUGCAGGAAACGUACGUUGCUCUUUUUCAUCGACCCGGCUUCCCCCUUAAUAACUCACGGCUAUUUUUGCGUCGUGCUUCACGACAGUAUGGAGUACAAUGACACGCUGCUCAUCCCAGGUCAGCAUAUACGCCCGCCCGUGAACGAAGAGACGGCGAUUGCACUGCUGGAGCGACUCUACGGUAUGAAGGCGACGAAUGUGCGCGAAUUAAACUCUUAUGACGACCGCAAUUACCAUAUGAUAUGUGAUGAGACGACCGUGAAUCCACACGUGAUCAGCCCGGAAAAGGCCGGCUAUGUUCUUAAGGUGAUCAACUCCUUGGAUUCCCGUAAGACUGAUGUGAUAGAAGCGCAGACAGAGUUAAUGAUUUUCCUCAAUGAGCGAAACGUCUGUUGCCCGUUACCGAUUAAGAAUAUCAACGGCGUGUACUUUUCUUUAGAGACUCUGAAGAGCGAGAAUACCAUGGAGAAGUAUGCCGUGAAGCUGUUGGUCUAUCGUCCCGGUGAGCUGUUGUAUCAUGUAAAAAUAACCGACGAAUUGUUGCGCAAGGUCGGCAGCUUCACCGCGAGAAUUGACGAGAUAUUCAUGGGCUUCAAUCACCCUGCCUUCGAUGAUCGCAAAUCAUUGUGGAUGUUGACUUCGGUGCCGCGAGUGCAGCAGUUCACGUAUGCGAUCAAGAGUUCGUUGGAUAAGCAGCUGGUGCACGACGUGAUCUUAAGUUUCCAAAGGGAGGUAUUACCAAUCACAGACCAACUGGAGCAAACGAUCAUACAUGGUGAUCUGAAUGAGCACAACAUCCUUGUGAGUCCCGACGGUAAAGACAUCGUCGCCGUGAUCGAUUUCGGUGAUUGUCACAGGACUUGUCGUAUUUUUGAACUAGCGGUAGUUCUUUGCUACAUGAUUCUACAAACAGUCGAUGUAGAAAUGGGUAGAUGCGUCGUGGAGGGUUACGAAAAAAUCAAGAAGUUAACCGACAUGGAAAAGAAGAUUCUCAAGAUCAGCGUAUGCGCUAGAAUAUGCCAAAGUUUGGUAAUGGGCGCUUAUUCGCACUUGCACGAUCCUGAAAAUCAGUAUUUACUGACCACACAGAAAACCGGGUGGAUGUUACUAAAGAGAUUGUGGCCCAUGAGUCGAGAGGAUGUGAUGCAAGCUUGGGGAUUGACUAUUUCCUAAACGAAUAAUCUUGAUCAGUUUGCCGAAUUAAUGAAUUAAGUGCUUAAUUAA